AUGCAGUACCCCCUUGCCCUAGCCCUCCUCAUCUCCGCAAUCGGCGUGAACGCUGCACCCAGCAAUUCACUUGUUCCGCGUAUCCCAAGCAUCCCAUUGAGCAUCUACACGGACAAUGCCUGCCUCACUCCUGCCAACCCCGUCGCGGUGAUUCAAAUCCCCACAAACACACCAUGCUUCAAUGUAACCUUCACUCCCCCCAGCUCGAAUGAGAGUGCCAAGAUUCAGUCGACCAACCUUGCUGCUCUGCCCGCUGGAUGCACACUCCGCGCAGUCCGAGCAUAUAGCGAGUCUAACUGCGGUGGCAACUUCAUCACGUUUGACCGCGUUUCAACUCCAAACGACAACUCUCCAUGCAGGACAUUUGGCGAUGCAAACAAGUUCAUCCGCUCUGCAGUAGCCCUUGGAACCUGUCAAUGA